AUGUUAGGGGGAAUAUGGAUACUAUGGGAUGAAGACAACAUCAAAAUUCAUGCCAUAGAAAUGCAGAAACAGUACAUACAUUGUGAAGUGGAGGGAGUUGGAGCUAGAAAGUGGAUGUUUACAGCAAUCUAUGCAAGCCCCAGGGAAAGAGAAAGAAAGGACCUCUGGGAGAAUUUGAAAGAGAUAGCAAAAAGAAUUACAAGACCCUGGAUGUUGGCGGGAGAUUACAAUGAUAUAAGAGACAGUGAUGAACAAACAGGGGGAGGACAGGAGAACUAUGCCAAGUGGAGAAGAUUCAGUGAAAACAUAGAAGAAUGUCUCCUACUAGAAGUCAGCACAGAGGGGCCUAAGUACACUUGGAAAGGCCCUGUCAUUGGACAUGCAAGGAGACUAUAUAAGAAACUAGACAGAGUACUAUGCCAUGCGGAUUGGAGAAACAUCUUUUGUGAAGCACAAGUACAAAUUGGGCCUAGACUCCAGUCGAAUCAUCAUCCUUUGGUGAUACACAUCACACACCCAACAAUGCAGCAGAAAUGUCAGGCCCUUUCGCUUUGA